AGUCCCAGUGUUUUGGUAACGGCAAGGAAGGACCUGUCAUUUACCCUGGUCCAGCUAAUUUCUAAUCUAAUCAGCUGUUUCCCGGCAAAAAAAAACAGCACUAAUAUAACAACAAAUGUAACUGUUUGGACACAGAGACAAAAUGGGAUUCACACGGAGUCGCUUUCUUGGCGGUAAGCCGUCGAAAGCGCCGCUGCUGCUGCCUUUUCUGCUCACAGUCCUGCUCGUCGGGAGCCAAGGCGACGGCGGUGCGAUGGACAACGGCGCAACUGAGAGGAUAGCAGAGGAAAGCCACCGACAGGACAGUGCCUACCUACUGAUAUUCAUAAUGCUCUUGACGCUCACCAUACUAACCAUAUGGCUUUUCAAACACCGCCGAUUCAGGUUCCUGCACGAAACAGGGCUUGCCAUGAUCUAUGGACUGUUGGUGGGUGUGAUCCUGCGGUUUGGCAUCCACGCCCCCCAAAGCAUGAGCGACGUGAUUCUCAGCUGUGCCGUUAACGGCAGUCCUGCCACUCUCUUGGUCAAUGUCAGCGGACGGUUCUAUGAGUACACUCUGAAGGGGGAAGUCGGACAGGGCAAAGGUCACCAAGUGCAGGACGAUGAGAUGCUGAGAAAGGUGACCUUUGACCCAGAGGUGUUUUUCAACAUUUUGCUGCCUCCCAUUAUUUUCCAUGCAGGUUACAGUCUGAAAAGGAGACACUUUUUCAGGAACAUCGGUUCCAUCCUCGCCUAUGCUUUCAUCGGAACAGUUAUAUCCUGCUUUGUUAUCGGACUGAUCAUGUAUGGUUUUGUGUCCUUCAUGAAAGUCGUGGGGCAGCUUGGUGGAGAUUUUUACUUUACUGAUUGCCUCUUCUUUGGGGCCAUCGUUUCAGCAACAGAUCCUGUGACAGUCCUCGCCAUCUUCAAUGAGCUAAAGGUAGACGUGGACCUCUACGCUUUACUGUUUGGGGAGAGUGUCCUCAACGAUGCCGUCGCCAUCGUCCUCUCCUCUGUUCUCCUCCGCUUCGAAAAGCUGGGAAGGCAUGGUGCUGGAGCUGUGCGCUCCGCAAGAAACGAGAGCUCACUGUUACCUGAGGUGUCCGAGGAAUGGCUGGGAGAAAACCAGACAGUGACUCCUCGCUCCAUUGUGGCGUACCAGCCUGCAGGCGACAACAGCCACAGCUUUGAGGCCAUGGCCAUGUUGAAGUCCUUCGGCGUCUUUCUGGGCGUCUUCAGCGGCUCUUUUGCUCUCGGGGUUGUUACAGGAGUUGUGACCGCCCUCGUCACCAAGUUCACUAAGCUGCGGGACUUCCCCUUGUUGGAGACGGCGCUCUUUUUCCUGAUGUCCUGGAGCACCUUUCUCUUGGCGGAGGCCUGCGGGUUCACAGGUGUCGUUGCUGUGCUGUUCUGUGGGAUCACUCAGGCCCACUACACCUACAACAAUCUCUCACCAGACUCUCAAGACAGGACCAAACAGUUGUUUGAGCUGCUGAACUUCCUGGCAGAGAACUUCAUCUUCUCCUACAUGGGUCUGACGCUCUUCUCCUUCCAGUCGCACGUCUUCAACCCUCUCUUCAUUGUCGGAGCCUUCGUGGCAGUGUUUCUGGGCAGGGCUGCAAACAUCUACCCUCUGUCCUUCCUCCUCAACCUGGGCCGCAAGAACAAGAUCGGAUACAACUUUCAGCACGUUAUGAUGUUUGCAGGUCUGCGUGGGGCGAUGACCUUUGCACUUUCCAUUCGAGACACAGCGACUUACGCCCGUCAGAUGAUGUUUUCAACCACGCUCCUGAUCGUUUUCUUCACUGUGUGGAUCUGUGGUGGUGGCACCACACCCAUGCUAUCUUUCAUGAGCAUACCGGUGGGUGUGGACUCUGAUCAAGACAACGCUAAUUCAGGCGCGUUGGAUGGGUCACAGCGGAGGAGCACCAAACACGAGAGCGCCUGGCCUUUUAGGAUAUGGUACAACUUUGACCACAACUACCUGAAACCUCUCCUGACACACAGCGGUCCGCCUCUCACUGCUACUCUGCCUGCAUGCUGCGGACCACUGGCUCGAUGCCUCACCAGCCCACAGGCCUAUGAGAAUGAAGGUCAGCUCCAUGACGACGACUCUGACUUCAUCCUGAACGAUGCCAGCGUGAGCUCCAUGUACGCCGACGUCACCGUCAGCACGGACGCGUCCGGAUCCCGCACCGUCAACCCCAAGCACUCCUCGACCACCCGCGCCGGGGGUGGUGUGGGUUCUUUCGAUGAAGGUCUGGAUCACGAGCUCUCCGUGGCAGAACACGAAGUGGCGAUCCGGGGAACGCGGCUGGUCUUGCCCAUGGAUGACCCCGUGGAGGCCCCGACUACCGUCACCCUGCCUCCACCACCCUCCCCCCCGCGCUCCGAACCUCACAGGCACAGACUGUAAGAAAGCUGCCGCUCUGAGGACGCAGUUUGUUGUUUCCAACUUAAAAAAAAAAUACACACCAUACAUACGACUGAUCAAAAUAAUGACAUAUUUAAAAAAACAAAACAAAUGAAUUCUUCGGGAUUUUCAAUCAGAAAGCACAGAUUGAUUUUCUCACCACCAAUCCAUCUAACAUGCAGUUUUAAAAUAGUUUGAGCUUGAUUUAAGUCGGGAUAACUGUGACACUGAAUGUGACGUGAGGGACUUUUAAAUCAAGAGCUUCUCGAUUUUAUAGGUUACAUUUCACCCCGUAUGAGGAGGCUUCAUUUGCUCCUGUGUUUAUCCCACACUGGUGAUAUGGCAGCGCUCUCUAUAAACCUAGCUGUAUACACAGUUCACAUUUUUCCAGCUCCUUUUGUGUGUUUCUACCUAAAGAUAAGCACCACGCAUAACACUGAAGGGCGUUAAAGCCCAUCUACACUACAGUUUGGUAACUAAUCCCACUAACAUAUCCACAGACUGGCUCACUUUAACACUAGUUAUUGUUCCCAGAGUUCAUCAGCAGUUCAAGCAUGUGAUUAGGAGAUUAUCAAAGGAGGAAGCAAACAAAGACCUGAGCAGAACAAACAGGCAGGUACUGAUUAAAGAGAACGAACUGCAUCCACACCAGUGCCCAGGAGCAUCUCCACCAUCUUAGAUUUUAGCACUGCCUCUAAAUCAGUCUGUUUACGGUUUGAUUUAUUUAUUUAACAUUGAUUUCUUUAACAAAAUUAUUUAU